CGCACCAUCAGUGAAGUGCAGUGGUACGUCUGCGCGUGCGCAAUAGACGACCGUAGCAACAACAGCAAAAUACAGGAAAGGCAGAAAAAUGGCAGAAGUUGAGGAUGCAAUCAAGAAGAUUUCGGCACACAAUGGUGUGUGUGGAAUCAUGAUAAUGAACAAUGAUGGAAUUCCCAUCAGGUCAACGAUAGACAAUGCAAUCACAAUUCAAUAUUGCGCCCUCUUGCUCGAUCUGUUGGGCAAGGCUAGGCGUUGUGUCCGAGAUGUUGACCCUCAGAAUGACCUGUCAUUCCUCAGACUCCGCACCAAGAAGCAUGAAAUAAUGAUCGCACCUGACAAAGAGUACAUGUUGAUUGUAAUACAGAACCCAUCAGAGGCAUAGUCUACUAGAGAGUAUACAGCUGCAAUAGAGGGCAUCAGUAUAAUGUGCUCAUUUGUUCCUAAAAAAAAUCAAAUUGAACACAAAUAUUUAAGACUAAUGUAUCAGAAACAUGACAUCUAUGAAUGGGCAUGGGACAGUCUACCAAAAGCUCACAAGUACAAAGUCCCAAUAGCCCCUUUCAAGUUGUGGGCUGCAAAACCUGCCCAAGUGCUGAACAAUUAUUUUGGACUCUGAAUAGCUCUCUUUUUAUGAAGUGUAUCCUCAUGAAAGAUACUUCAUACCCAAUAUAAUAAUAACGUACCAGUAAUGCAAGAUAAAGUCAAAUUUAAAUCUUGAAACUUCAGUUAUGAAAAUUUGUUAAAGGCAGAAUAUUAUACUGACAUCACUGCAACUGCUAUAAUGUAUUUUCUAUUGUGCCAUCUUUUGGUGAAGGCAUACAUAGAGCAAUUUCCAUUUCCUGUACCCAAGCAUCACAUGCUAAUCAGUUGGUGAUACAUUGUGAACAGCAGUACCGAUAUACAUACUUGAAGUAGUGUCUGUAGAAGAUCUUGCCUUUAAAGUUUAAACCCGUGAUGGCACUAGGAGGUUUAGAUGGAGUACAAGACCAAACUUUCAGUCUGGUGAACCAUCUUGACAACUAAUCUGAAGGUUCACUGGCUGAAUGUUUGGUCUGGUGAUUUGAGUAUCUUGAGUCAUCUAACUUCUAGUUAUCACAAGAUUCCUAAUGAGAACCACAAGCUCCCAAGUGUUCUGUCUUGUGAACUAGUUGUUUUUAUUUUUGUCCUUUAAGGACCUUCAAGUUUUUGCGAACCUUUGUUCAACUGGUAAGUCUAUUGUAGCUGAAAUUGUUCUGCAUGUCAAUUUUUGCUUGAUGAGGCAUUUACAAUGUCUCAUAAAUUUCUUUUAAAUAUAGUGUGAACUAAAAGGAAUUAUUAUUGUAUUUACUUGUAAAUAUUUAAUGUACAAAUACAGUAUUGUAGAAUAGCUUGUUAAUUUCUUUCCCUUUUUGAGUUUAUGGUCAUUCCUUGGGAACAUUUCAGCAACCUUUUUUAGUGUAACUCAUUGCAAAUUCUUAAGCAAUGUGAUUGUGAAGCAGUUUUUGAAGUGGAUGAAGCUUAGAUUUUUACCAUCCAGGCUUGAAUCUUCUACAUCUAUAUUAAAUCGUGAACAGGGUCGGUUUUUGAGCCACACUCUGGCACCCUUCAAACUCUUGUGACUGCCUAAGCGUUGUACCGUGAUCUGAAAAGCGAAUUUAAGAUUUUGGCCUCUCUAAGCAAUUAUAUGUAAAAAUACAUGUUGAAAUAUGUUAUGACACCUUUUGUAAAGAAAAUAAAUUGAUUACCAAUGAUCUAUAGUUUUGUUAAAAAUCUGUAAACAAAACUAAAAAAUAAAUUUGUCUCUCCUUGUAACUCUCCAAUGAUGAGACUUGAGUUCUUUCUCGCAACAAUGCUAUUGAUGAAGCUUUCUGUUUUUACUGCAACACUAUGCUUGACAAAGGAGUCACUUCUCAUUUUGAAGCAUAUUUGUUUGUUAUGUCACUCCUCAUUCAACGAUUAUUUUCUACUUUGUCAUUUUGUGUCAUGAUAUGCCAUAAUUUACAUAUUCUUGUAUUCUAACCAUUUCUAUGAUUAAUCAAGUUUACAUUAUUCAUAAAUUAAUGAGCUUUGUACAUUGUUAUUUAAGACAGAACAGACAAAUAAAUGAGUAAAUGAAUGAUGAAUUGGAA